GCCGCUGCCGCCCUGCCUUUGCUUCCUGCUCCGUUCCAGGCUGCAAGCUGAUGGAGGACGAGGAUGGGGAAGAUCGGGCGCUGCUUGGGGGCCGCCGCGAGGCGGACAGCGCAGUCCAUGGCGCCCCUCGCGCUCUGUCCGCGCUCUGCGACCCCAGCCGCCUGGCGCACCGGCUCGUGGUGCUGUCGCUCAUGUGCUUCCUUGGCUUCGGCAGCUAUUUCUGCUAUGACAACCCCGCUGCCCUUCAGACUCAGGUGAAACGGGACAUGCAAGUGAACACCACGAAAUUCAUGCUGCUGUAUGCCUGGUAUUCUUGGCCCAAUGUAGUUUUGUGUUUCUUGGGUGGCUUUUUGAUAGACCGCAUAUUUGGAAUACGAUGGGGCACAGUUAUUUUUAGCUGCUUUGUUUGCAUCGGACAGGUUAUAUUUGCUCUGGGUGGUAUAUUUAAUGCAUUUUGGCUGAUGGAGCUUGGGAGGUUUGUGUUUGGGAUUGGUGGAGAGUCCUUAGCAGUUGCCCAGAAUACAUAUGCUGUGAGUUGGUUUAAAGGCAAAGAAUUAAACCUGGUGUUUGGACUUCAACUCAGCAUGGCCAGAAUUGGAAGCACAGUGAAUAUGAACCUCAUGGGAUGGCUGUAUGGGAAGAUUGAAGCAUUACUGGGCUCAGCUGGCCACAUGACCCUGGGCGUGACACUUAUGAUUGGGUGUAUAACGUGCAUUUUUUCACUAAUCUGUGCUUUGGCUCUUGCUUAUUUGGAUCGGAGAGCAGAGAAAAUACUUCAUAAAGAACAAGGGAAAACAGGUGAAGUCAUUAAGCUGAGGGAUAUAAAGGACUUCUCGUUACCCCUGAUCCUGGUCUUCGUCAUCUGUGUCUGCUACUACGUGGCGGUGUUCCCGUUCAUCGGGCUGGGCAAAGUUUUCUUCAUGGAGAAAUUCAGAUUCUCUUCCCAGUCAGCAAGUGCAAUUAACAGUAUCGUGUAUAUCAUAUCAGCUCCCAUGUCUCCAUUAUUUGGACUCUUGGUGGAUAAAACAGGCAAGAACAUCAUCUGGGUCCUGUAUGCGGUGGCCGCCACCCUCGUGUCCCACAUGAUGCUGGCCUUCACCUUUUGGAACCCAUGGAUUGCUAUGUGUCUCCUGGGGUUCUCCUACUCAUUGCUGGCCUGUGCAUUGUGGCCAAUGGUGGCAUUCAUAGUUCCUGAACACCAGCUGGGGACUGCAUAUGGAUUCAUGCAGUCUAUUCAGAACCUCGGGCUGGCCGUCAUCGCUAUCCUUGCUGGCAUGAUCCUGGACUCGAAGGGAUACUUGCUGCUGGAGGUGUUCUUCAUUGCCUGUGUUUCUUUGUCACUGCUGGCUGUGGUCUGUCUGUACUUGGUGAACCGUGCCCAAGGAGGGAAUCUAAAUUAUUCUGCAAAACAAAGGGAACGGAUGAAGCUCUCUCAUCCAGAGUAAAGCCGUGAGAAGGGAUAGCAUUCGCGGCUGACUGGAAACCUUCAGGAAGACUUCCUUUUUUAAAACGUCAUGUAGAAAAAUGAUAGAACGGAAAAUAUAUUUAUAUUUGAAAUAUGCCUACUUAAAGUGAUUCAUGCAGACUAUCUUAGCCUUUCAUAACCAUGUGUUGUGGAAGGUUUGUUUCUGGUCGUGAACAGUGAACAGUUUACGGAAUCUGGAACAUUCAGGCAAAGACCUCUGUAAGGAUCUGCAUCUUCUGCUGGGACGAUUUCUAAUAAGGGCGUCCUGCGGAUGAAGCCUUUCCUUUGUAUUAUAGCAGGAAAAAGCCACAAAACAGGAGGGUCUGUGGUAGAAGGCUGUUACAUACAUAAUAAAGAAUGACAUUUUAACCGCACUCACUGUGUCCUAGAGAACAAUAUGUAAUUGCUCCAUAUUUCCCUCUAGGAGAUUAUGUGUGAAUGUCGUUAGUGAUGGCUGCUGAGCAGCAAGCCUUUGGAAGUUUUUUUUUUUUCCUUAAAGACAAUAAAAGUGUCCUUCAGUUUAUGAUGGCUACCUAUAUACAUGGAUCCAUAAAACCAAUGCAAAAGGUAGACUUGAUGCCUGCCUUAUAUUUUUACAACAUUGCAAUAACAACUUCAAGUUUCCUGUGGAAGAUAAUUUCCAGAAAUCAAAUCUGCAAUAAAGAAAAUGUCCUAGAUCCAAUCUCAUUGAAUAGUUUUAUAGGUGUAAGGUACGUGGGGUACAUAGCCUUGUAUGCUUCAAGCUUUGGCACCAAGGGCUGGAGAGAUGACUCGGUGGUUAAGAACAUUUACUGCUCUUUAAGAGGACCCCAGGUCAGUUUUCAGCAUCCACAUGGGGCCACUCAUAGUCACCUAACUCCAGCUCCCAGGGAUCCAGUGCCCUGCUGAAUCUUAAGCAGUACAGAAACAGUUUGAAAAUGCAUUCCUUUUCUUUUUGGUUUAUAGUUUGUUAUGCAUUCUUCACUUGUGAGCUUCGAGGCUUUGACUACAUGUGACUCUCAUAGCACAUGUCAAGUAUAUGAACUGGCCCCUCUGCACUGGUCCUGUCUUCCCACUGUGUCCACAUGAGGUGUGGGGAGCCUUGACAUGCUUAUGAAUGGGCUGGGUGCCUGCUCGGCUCACAGGGUUGUCCAUCUCGAUUUCCUUCUCUUGAGUGUAUUCUCUAGUGCACACUCUAACCUGGUUCCAUCUGACUUAAACAAAAACCGUAGUUUCCAGCUCAGAAUCAUCCUAACAUAGAAACUUCUCUAGGCCACUCAGGCUGUAUACAAUUAAUGAUACCUAUGAACUUUAAAGCCUCAUCCUGUGCCUUUUUAGCUCACUUUGAUUUGUCAGGAAUUUGUGGCAUUGUGGGCUUGGGGUGUAUUUGAUCGUCCUUAGAUUGUCAGCUCCAUGAGAGCAGGGACAUUGCCUGGUUUGUUAGUGACUCUAUCCUAGUGCCUAGCAUAAUGAAUGUACAAAACUUUUUCUUUCUCCUUUUUGUAUAAUGUAUAAAAUAAAAAGUAAUUGGAAC